AUGCUCAAGGUCCCGCUCGCUGUGGUGUCUACGUCAUCGGACGACUCAGAGAUGAUGUGCAGCGACCCAGCCGGGUCCUUUAAAGAUGCGAAUUGGUCCGUCAUGAAGAUGGACAGCUUCGACUCACUGCCCUUCUCGGAGGUGUCGCAUACCCCGUACGGGACGGACUCGAACUUUCUCGACUCGGUGUCCCACGGAGGCUCCGGCGGGUACCGCCCCAGUCCCGGUGCGCCUUUCGCCCUGGAGCGCCAGGAAACCCUUAUGACGUCUUUCAAACCUGCCGUGCUGAGCCCUCGCCCUGGGAUUUCGCGAGGAUUCCGGCUCCAUGGCAACGAUCAGUCCACAAGUACCACCGAGGUGAGCACUGUCGUUGUGCCCACCCUUCCUGCUGUGCCGACGCACUUUACACCGAAGUGCAGCGAUGCACUCGCCUUGCGCCCGAAGUUGUGUGGCCUGGGUGGGGCACUGGGGACUGCCUCUGCCGUGGCGGCGGCUCUUAGCCGAAAGAAAAAGCCGAAGCCGCCGCCUUACCGCACCCGGUCUCUGAAGAUUGAGGCUGCCAAGUGGCUGGAGGAUGACCACAGCACUGAGAUGCUGGUGCUGCGCGAGGUGUCCAAGCGACAACUGGGCAGCCCCAUUGCAGACGAUGAAGCGGACGAUUCCUUGUCUUUGAGUUCGUCAGGUACUGUCGGACUGCUGACCCCGCCGGGACAGGACAUCACACCGUUCUCUAGCCUCGUGACAGGACUUCAGAGUGCCGUGACAGGCGCAAACUCCUUGCUCACCGCGGCUCCAAAGGCGAAGAAGGAAGUCACUAAUGACUCCCCAACGAAUCCCACCGAGGGAAGGAGAGCGCCGACCGUAGCUGCCAGCACCACCAAAGAUCCUACGCCCAUAAUGAAAGCACCGGCGACGAUGAGCGCUCACACCACCCUUACCAAGGGUGGCGCGACAGCAGACUCUCCGCUGUGGCUUGCGUCGCGUAUCAACAUGGUGCCGCCGCGGCGCAUUGCCCCCUUACACGGCAAGAAAGGGCCGGUGGCUGGUGUGCCGACCAACUCAGCGGCAGCCGCCACUGUGCAGCAGCAGCCUGAGACUCAGCUGUCCAAGUUUCCAGACACCACUCCACCGACGGGUACGCCACGGCUGAUUCGGAGAGCGACCCUGCCGCCUGCAGAGAAGAUAGCAACGGCGGCAAGCACUACCGAUGUGGCGCCACCUUCAUCCGUCGCAAACAGCCUGGCAGAGGUAUCCUCGGCUUCCACGGAGGUAAACUCUCUUGCGGCGAGGCGCGAGCUCCGCAGGCCGCAGCCGGCACCGGGGAGUCAGCGGCCAGUCGAGCUUUUUGAGGCGCCGAGGGCUGGUGCGCAAGGCGCUGAUGGUGUCAAAGGAAAGCCUGCGGGUCGCCUUGGCUUGCAGUCGGAGGUGUUGUCCCCCGACGUCAUUGCCAUGCCACCAGUAGGGGAUGAUAAGCCUGCUUCGCUUCAGGUACAGCCGCCGCCGCCGAACACAAGCACGAAGCAUUGGCCGCGCUCCCGAAGACCCUGCUUGAGAUCCACCGCAGCCCCGGAGUCGAGCGGUGUUGGGAGUCGUCCGGUUCGUGGGGCGGCAAAGAAAGAUCCCUCGCGCAUCUCCCCUGCACCCACAGGGCUGCAGCACGUGGUGCAGCCCUUCGAGCUGGGUUCGACAGAGGUGGCCCUCAUAGAGUCCACCUCGAGUCUCACGGCGGACUCGGCUUUGCCUGAAGAACGUCCCAAGACGCGGCAAUACGGUCUUGCCGACAGCCUGCAGAUCUCACCGGCGAACCGCGUUGCCGCAGAGAAAUUGGUGGCUUUUGUGUGCGCUGUCUCGGACCCUGAGGUGCUACACGUCGUCUACGACUACCUCGAGGAGCAUCAGAAGGCGGUGCCUCGCUAUCGCCUCGCUACAUCGGCGUGCCGUGAGCUACUGGAGCGCAAAGAAGAGGUGCUGCUAGCUUGCUUGCCCACUAGCCGCGGCAACCCUCACCAGUUUACACAGCGCAGCGCGGUUUCUGCACAUCACUCCCGUGGUGAGUCGGUGCCGCAGCUCGUGGACUCGCCGGACAAGAAGGUGGAGGCAGCGAGGACAGGGGACAACCUGACGGAGGCACAGCGCUUCCUGCAGCAGGUUGAGGAGGAGGAGGAGGGCUGCGACAAGGGAGACGACGACGAUCCUUAUACCGAUGAGUUCGAUGACUUCAACUGCUUCUCCACACCCUACAUUCCAUCUACCCGCUUCCGCUUUGGCCAGCCGAGCGUCUCCGGCCUCGUCACACGGGUCUUUGCGGAGGGCAUGCUGUACAAGAUCAAGACCCCAAAUGGUGAGUACUACUUCUACAACGACACCCUGCAGGAGUUGAUGGUGGUGCGCGUGCAGUGCUGUCUGCGCGGCGACGAGAAGAUCAACGAACGCGCCAUGCUCUCCCCCAUCGCCGGCACAGGGGAGACGGAGGUUACGAUCGCCGUCUUGCCUGAAGAAACGUACUUCUUCAUGAGUGGAGUAGCGCAUAUGCCGCACUUCUUGGCGAAGCGAGUGCCGGUGCCGCUGGACUACGUCUCACCGUCUGUUACGCAGUCACUGCGCAAGACCAACGCCGAUAUCAACGCCGUUCGCAAGGUGCUCGGCAAGUGGAGCCGCGCCUCGGACCAGCAGGCGUACCUCAAGUGCUGCCUCAAGAACCACCUCCGCUUCACCGACCUCAACUUCCGCCCGAGUGCGGAGAGUCUCUACCGCCCCGAGUUCGACGUAGUCGCCAUCCCGGCCGUCACAUGGCGGCGGCCGGAAGAGUACAUCAACCUUGCCGAGGUUUCGCAGACUCGUCUCUUCCGCGGUGAGAUCUCCUGCUUCCUGGUGAAGCAGGGAGAGCUGAGCAACCACACGGUAGUAGCUGCGAUAGCGGCGGUGGCGCAGUUCCCUGCCCAUGUGCGAUGGAUGUUUCGUCAUCCUGUGAGCGCGCACGUGGGCAAGAUGGAGAGGGCGCUGGGCUGCUACCGCGUGACGCUCCUGCACAAUGGGUGGUGGCACUCCUACCUUGUCGACGACUACGUCCCUGCGUCGCUGAGAGGGCCGCUGUUUGCGCGCUGUCCCGAGGACCCGCGUCGGCUGUGGGUGCAGCUGCUAGAGAAGGCGUACGCCAAGUCGCUUGGCUCAUACGCGGCGACGUGCCUCGUCGACACUAUGGAGGCCCUCGGGGACUUCACCGGAUUCCCAGUGCGCUUUCUGGACUCCAUGUGGACAGCUGCCGCACUGAAGCCGAACGACCACGCGUCCCGAUCGCUUUUCCACUACCUCGAGCUCAGUGUGCGGGCCGGCUGCACGGUGCUUCUGUUCUCCCCAGCCCCCUCGGACGAGCAGUCGAGCGCGACCGUUGACCUGUCCCGCAAGCGCUCCUCCCGAAUUCUCCCUGUGAAGGACACAGUGCCGCAGUUCCUUCCCGGCCACAUUUACUUCCUGCGCGACGUCGCCUUCUAUCAGGAGCUGGAUCUGCGCAUGGCUCAGCUGAAGAACCCGUGGACGUGGGAGACGAAGAGCAUGACCCACUACGAGAAGAAGUGGAAGUACACUACGUGGUAUGACCGGCCCGACUCCAGCCUCAGCGCCCUUGGCUCCAUCGCGACGAGCCUGAGCGGACAGGUGUCCUCCUGCGGUCCGCCCUCGCAUGUAGCUGUCCCCAGAGCCUGCGCGGACUUGUCGUCAGUGGAAAUCGCCCGAAACGAACACAAGGGCACGAUGUGGGUGGAGUGGGGAGAAGUGCUUGCGGCGUUUGCAGGUGGGGGCGUGUGCUACACCAUGUGGAACCGACAUCGGUACCGCGUGAGGAAUGCCUUUGCGGAGGGUCGCCCACGGCUGGUUCUGGAGCUCAAAGCGCGGCGGAAGGUGGAGCUGUUCGUGACGCUUUCGCUGGAGACAGUGGGCGAGACCCUUGACAGCUUCGGCACCGUCGUAGCUUCCCGUCCCAUUCCCCUCCACGGCACAGCUCUCUCAGUCGUUCACCGGCAGGCGAGCCAGUCGGCGAAAGUGGUCAGCGAGUCCUGCGACGAUAUUGAGUGUGCGACAGGCUGCAGAACGUACAUUGUGGCGCGUGAUGUGUCCAUGAAGGUGGUCGUUGAGCCGAACAUGAGCAGCAACGGCGCCGCUGUAUUGGUUGUUCCGCUACUGGAUCCAAGCGUAGUGAGCGGCGGCGUACCCAGCUCAGGCAGCGGAUCCGCCCUCAACACCCCCUCGAGGGCCGCUGUGCCAGAGGUGCGCUUUGUGGUGUCUAUCGUCAGCGAUGCCGUUGCGGGAGAUGGUGAGGACUUGUCCAUUCACUUCAUAUCCCUGCGGCGGAGCUGCGGCGUCUUCACGGACCCCACCACGACGUUCCCGCUGGUGGGCACCUCACACGUGACGGCACAGUAUCAAGUAUGCACGGACGCAGGCGUUGUGACGUGCGAGGGGUCUCGCAUCUCUGGCAACGAAGCGAAGUGCGUGUGA